AUGUCUACGAAACAGGACCGCACAACUACAGAGCGACAUGCAAAGACUCUCCGCGAGUUGCUGAAGCUGCCGGACAACAAGACAUGUGCUGACUGCAAGCGCAAUGAUCCUCGCUGGGCCUCUUGGAAUCUCGGGGUCUUCCUUUGUAUCCGAUGCUCCGGCGUCCACCGCUCUAUGGGUACCCACAUCAGCAAAGUCAAGUCCGUCGACCUCGAUGUCUGGACACCCGAGCAGAUGGCCUCGAUCCAAAAGUGGGGCAACCGGAGAGCAAACGCAUACUGGGAGGCCCACCUCAGACAAGGCCACGUCCCACCCGACCACAAGAUGGACUCGUACAUCCGCUCCAAGUACGAGUCCCGCCGCUGGGCACGCGAGGGCCCGCCCGCCGACGACCCCUCCGUGUACGACGGCGAUGCGCCCGCGCCCGUCCCCACCGCUGCCCCCACGCCCGCCGCACCGACCCACCAGGCCCGCACCCCUUCCGUCUCCUCCGUCUCCUCCCCGGCCUCGGCCGCCGUCGACCUCUUCUCGCUCGACUUCCACGCCCCCACGAACGCGUCCCCUGCCUCCACCCCCGCGGCAGCCGGGCAGCCACAGAAGGACGUCCGGGCGGAGAUCAUGUCCCUCUUCUCCACUGCCGCGCCCGCGCAGAACGCGUUUGCUCAGCAGCAGCAGCAGCAGCAGCAGCAGCCCGCGCAGAACGCGUGGGCCGCGCAGCCGCAGGGCCAGUUCGGCGGCAUGCAGAUGGGCGGCGCGGCGGGCAUGAACAUGAACAUGAGCGGCAUGGGCGGAAUGGGCGGCAUGCAACCGCAGGCGAACGUGUGGGGCCAGCAGGCCCAGCAGCAGCAACCGACGAGCAUGAUGGGCAACGCCGGCGUCGGGAUGUGGGGCGCCAGCUCUGGCUGGACCGCACCCCAGCAGCAACAGGCCCAGCAGCAGUCGAACAUAUGGGCGACGCCCGCGCCUGCCGGCCAGGCGAACCUGUUAUCGACGGGCGACGUGUGGGGUAUGCCCACGGCGGGGACGGCGGCGAACGGCGCUGCUGCGCAGAAGAAGGACGACGCGUUCGCCGACAUCUGGGGCGGGUUCAAGUAG